AUGGAGCAAAGCAUAAUCAAGCUGCAUCCAUACUCUUCAGAAUACCGCUGCCACACGCCUCGUCAUCUGUCUGAUGCCAGAUCUGGGUCAAACGCAGCAGAAAUGACCGUGACUUACUCCCGGCGAGUGGCGGAUGCAGGUCUGGGGACGUUCUUCCACCUGCUCCUGCGCUGGAAGGGCAGCAUCUACAAACUGCUGUAUCGAGAACUCAUCAUCUUCACAAUUCUCUACUACUUCUUCAGUGUGGUUUACAGAAACUUACUAACGGAUGACCAAAGGAGGCAGUUUGAGAAGCUGUCCAUUUACUGUGACCGUUAUGCAGAGCUCAUCCCUGUGUCCUUCGUGCUGGGAUUUUAUGUGACCCUGGUGGUGUCCCGUUGGUGGGGGCAGUAUGAGAACAUCCCGUGGCCGGACAGGCUGGCCGCGUUAGUGGGUGCACAUGUGCGUGGAGACAACGAGGUGUCCAAGCUGACGCGCCGAACUCUGAUGCGAUACGCCAACCUGUCCGGGGUUCUGACCUACCGCUCUGUCAGUACGGCUGUUUACAAGAGGUUUCCCACCAUGGAGCACCUCGUCCAGGCAGGUUUGAUGACCUCAGAGGAGUUGAGACAUUUGGACGAUCUACCAUCCCCUCACAACAAGUUCUGGGUUCCCUGUAUGUGGUUUGUUAAUCUGUCUCUGAGAGCUCGAACGGACGGACGAAUCAACAAUGACGUGGCUCUCACAGCAAUCCUCUCGGAGUUGAAUAGUUUGCGAGGAAAGUGCAUGAAGCUGUACGGAUAUGACUGGAUCAGCCUGCCUCUGGUCUAUACCCAGGUGGCUACAGUUGCCGUGUACAGUUUCUUCCUGGCUUGUCUAAUUGGCCGUCAGUUUUUGGAUCCGAAUCAAGGGUACCCUGGUCAUGACAUUGACUUUUAUCUCCCCAUCUUCACUCUCCUGCAGUUUUUCUUCUAUGUUGGUUGGCUCAAGGUGGCUGAGCAACUAAUAAAUCCUUUUGGUGAGGAUGACGAUGACUUUGAGACCAAUUGGGUGGUAGACCGGAAUUUGCAGGUGUCAUUGCUGUCGGUGGAUGAGAUGUACGACAGUCUGCCGUUGGUGGAGAAAGACAUGUACUGGAACAAGUCGGAGCCAGAGCCGCCGUACACCGCAGCGAGCGCAGAACACCGCAAACCCUCCUUCAUGGGCUCCGCUGUGGAUAUCAGCAUUCCAAAGGAGGAGAUGGAGUUUCAGUCAAACCUAGAGCAGAUUAAGGAGAACGAAGAGGCCAACUACUCCACCCCACUAUUGGGAGGGUUGGGUCGCCUGCUCGGAGUCCAAACCCCCAACUUCCCUCGCUCUUCUCGGGUCUCUCUUCUGCGCAGACGUCCCGGGGCUCCCUUAAGCCGCUUCCCUCUGUAUCUACACCCGGUCGCCCCCUCCACCCCAGGCCAGAGCCACCACCUUCUCAACCCAGAGUCGGACUUUACCUUCUCUGCUUUGCCGCCCUUUGACCGAUCUGGUUUUUACAGCUGUCCUCAGACCCCCAUCCACUGCGUGCCUCCCGCCGUCACCCGCCCCAGACCGGCAAGAAGACCUCAAAACGAAUGGGAUCGCAGCUGCAGCUCUCUCGCACCUCCCGUCAUGGGCUUGCACCAAAUACCUCCGGACACGCCCAACCACGCCUUGCAACCUCCGUCGUCUGCCUUUCCUUGGCUUGGUGGGGACAGCGAUGUUCCGAGCGGUCCGGCCUUCUCCUUUCCUGACCCCGCCCCAGAACUUAGCCCCAUCUCCAAAAUCAGACACGGGUUAUUGUCUCGCAGACCACCCUCGAGACUCACUUUGGACAGUGCCCCGCCGCUGGACAUCCAGACGGCUCCUUCCAGCGCCCGCAUCACGAACGGGGAGAGGGUGUUCUCGUUCACCACUCCUUCCCGUGGUACAGUUCCAACUAAUCCAAGCGGUAGUAGCACCAGCAGUAUCAAUGCCGCUCUUAGCAACAGCGCCGGCACAGCGGGUGGUCUCUGCAAUGGCACAAACAAUUUUAAUAAUAGUUUUAGUGGCAGCAUGAGGGCAAGCAAUGGGGGUGCAAACGGAGGAUUAAGCAAUAUUGUGAAUGCAAGUUCCAGUGCACAGCAAGAGAGCAACCAACCACACUCGCCGAAUGAUUCUGGUAUCUCCUUGGCGGAUGGGGACCUGCUGGCUGUGUUAGUGGACAAUGGGGUGAACAAGGCUGGUGCAAAGGAGCAGGAAUGA